GAGUAAUCAAACAUUUUACUCCAAAUUUUUUCAUCUUCCCUGUCAUUAUAGCAAAACUCACUCAACCAAUCUCGCUCGAUCCUCUCUAUAUAUAUACACGUACAUUCAUUCACACUUUUAACUGCAUACUUUCUACUAGAGACAGCUAUAGAGAUCUGAUCCGCACCGCAAAGGAUCGGACACAGCCGCCAUGGAGGAGGCAUUGGAGUUGACGCGUACGAAGGACACCAAGGAGAGAAUGGCGGGAGUGGAAAGGCUGCACCAACUCCUGGAAGCUUCGCGGAAGAGUUUGACGUCAUCUGAGGUGACGUCACUCGUCGACAUGUGCUUGGAUCUCUUGAAGGACAACAACUUUCGCGUAUCGCAGGGUGCGCUGCAGGCACUCGCCUCUGCAGCUGUGUUGUCCGGUGAGCACUUCAAGCUCCACUUUAAUGGGUUGGUACCGGCCGUGGUUGAGAGGUUAGGGGAUGCCAAACAGCCCGUUAGGGAUGCUGCCAGGCAGCUUUUGCUCACUCUCAUGGAGGUUUCUUCAUCAACAAUCAUUGUUGAAAGAGCAGGAUCAUAUGCUUGGACACACAAAAGCUGGAGAGUUCGAGAAGAGUUUGCACGUACUGUCACUUCAGCGAUUGGCCUAUUUGCAUCCACUGAACUACCUCUUCAGCGAGCUAUUCUUCCACCUAUUUUACAGAUGUUGAACGACCCAAAUCCUGGUGUGAGGGAAGCUGCUAUAUCAUGUAUCGAGGAGAUGUAUACGCAGGCUGGGCCUCAAUUCCAAGAUGAAUUGCAGAGACAUCAUCUUCCUACUCCAAUGUUAAAAGAUAUUAAUGCCAGAUUAGAGAAAAUUGAGCCUAACAUUCGCUCUUCAGAUAUGAUUCUGAGCAAUUACUCUGCCAGCGAGAAUAAGCCUACAAGCCUUAAUCCAAAAAAGAGCAGUCCUAAGGCCAAAAGCUCAACUCGUGAGGCAUCUCCCUUUGGAGCAGAUGGUGAUGUCACAGAGAAACCUGUUGAACCAAUUAAAGUAUAUUCAGAAAAGGAGCUUAUGAAGGAGUUUGAAAAAAUUGCUUCCACCCUUGUACCCGAUAAAGAUUGGUCUAUGCGUAUUGCAGCCAUGCAGAGGAUUGAAGGCCUUGUUAUUGGAGGUGCAGCUGAUUACCCCUGUUUCCGUGGACUUCUUAAGCAACUUGUUGGUCCUUUGAACACCCAACUGUCUGAUCGGAGAUCAAGCAUAGUGAAGCAGGCAUGUCAUUUGUUAUGCUUUCUAUCAAAAGAGCUCUUGGGUGACUUUGAGUCAUGUGCUGAGAUGUUUAUUCCGGUCCUUUUCAAGCUUGUUGUGAUAACAGUACUUGUAAUUGCGGAAUCUGCAGAUAACUGCAUAAAAAUGAUGUUACGCAAUUGCAAAGUUCCCCGCUUGCUUCCUCGCAUAGUUGACUGUUCGAAGAAUGACCGAAGUGCAGUACUUCGCUCAAGGUGUUGUGAAUAUGCACUUCUGAUUCUUGAAUACUGGACUGAUGCACCUGAAAUUCAGCGCUCAGCUGAUCUCUAUGAAGACCUUAUCAGAUAUUGUGUGAAAGAUGCAAUUAGUGAGGUCCGAUCUACUGCAAGGAUGUGUUAUAGAAUGUUUACAAAAACCUGGCCUGAGCGUUCUCGGCGUUUGUUUAUGUCCUUUGAUCCCGUUGUUCAAAGAGUAAUAAAUGAUGAGAAUGGAGGUAUUCUUCAAAGGCAUGCUUCUCCUUCUCGUCGUGAAAGGAGUUCACACAAGUCAUUUAGGUCUCAAACACCUGCACCUUCAAACAUUUCCGGUUAUGGGACUUCUGCUAUAGUUGCAAUGGAUAGAAGUGCAAGUGUUCCCUCAGGGGUAUCUAUUUCCUCUGGAGCACUUCUUUCACAAGCAAAGUCUGCAGGUAAAGGCACUGAUCAUAGCCUGGAAAGUGUGCUGCAUGCAAGCAAACAGAAGGUCACUGCUAUAGAAAGUAUGCUGAGAGGUUUGGAUAUAUCUGAGAAAAGCCGAUCCUCAAGUUUGGACCUAGGAGUUGACCAACCAUCAUCUCGUGAUCCUCCAUUUCCUCUUGCUGUUCCAGCCUCGAAUGGUCGUACGAAUUCUUUUGUGGUAGAUGCGACGUCUGCUCGGUCUAAAGGUAAUAAUAGCAAUGGAGGCUUGAUUUUAUCUGAUAUCAUCACUCAGAUUCAAGCUUUUAAAGAUUCAGAUAAAUUAUCUUACCACAGUAGUGUGGGAAAUGAACCUCUAUUGGCACCUUCUUCCUAUUCAGCCAAGAGAGCUUCUGAGAAGCUACAAGAAAAAGGUUUGGUUGAAGAAAAAGCCGAUGUUAGGGAGGCAAGGAAAUAUAAGAACUCUCAUGUUGAUGCGCCAUAUUUGGACGCUCCUUACAAAGAUUUUAACCAUAGGGAUUCCCAGAAUAAUUACAUGCCAAAUUUUCAACGACCUCUUCUAAGAAAAAAUGCUGCUGUGCGAAUGUCCCCACACAGGAGUAGCUUUGAUGAUACUCAGGUUGCUCUCGUAGAUAUAUCGAGUUAUUCGAAUGGUCCAGCUUCUCUUAAUGAUGCAUUCAGCGAGGGGCUUAGUUCUGGUUCAGAUUGGAGUGCUCGAGUUUUGGCAUUUAGUUAUAUUCGGUCCCUUCUGCAGAAAGGCCCAAGAGGUAUUCAAGAAAUUGUGCAGAGUUUUGAGAAGGUCAUGAAGUUGUUUUUCCAGCAUUUGGAUGAUCCCCAUCAUAAAGUUGCACAAGCAGCACUUUCUACUCUUGCAGAUCUUUAUUGCUGUAUGCCUUAUUCAAUGUUACGCAAUUGCAAAGUUCCCCGCUUGCUUCCUCGCAUAGUUGACUGUUCGAAGAAUGACCGAAGUGCAGUACUUCGCUCAAGGUGUUGUGAAUAUGCACUUCUGAUUCUUGAAUACUGGACUGAUGCACCUGAAAUUCAGCGCUCAGCUGAUCUCUAUGAAGACCUUAUCAGAUAUUGUGUGAAAGAUGCAAUUAGUGAGGUCCGAUCUACUGCAAGGAUGUGUUAUAGAAUGUUUACAAAAACCUGGCCUGAGCGUUCUCGGCGUUUGUUUAUGUCCUUUGAUCCCGUUGUUCAAAGAGUAAUAAAUGAUGAGAAUGGAGGUAUUCUUCAAAGGCAUGCUUCUCCUUCUCGUCGUGAAAGGAGUUCACACAAGUCAUUUAGGUCUCAAACACCUGCACCUUCAAACAUUUCCGGUUAUGGGACUUCUGCUAUAGUUGCAAUGGAUAGAAGUGCAAGUGUUCCCUCAGGGGUAUCUAUUUCCUCUGGAGCACUUCUUUCACAAGCAAAGUCUGCAGGUAAAGGCACUGAUCAUAGCCUGGAAAGUGUGCUGCAUGCAAGCAAACAGAAGGUCACUGCUAUAGAAAGUAUGCUGAGAGGUUUGGAUAUAUCUGAGAAAAGCCGAUCCUCAAGUUUGGACCUAGUGCAGGAGUUGACCAACCAUCAUCUCGUGAUCCUCCAUUUCCUCUUGCUGUUCCAGCCUCAAUCACUGAUACUUAAAGAUGCUAUGGAGGAUUCUUUUGAGAUUGUAAUUGAAAAACUUCUCCACGUGACAAAGGAUAGCGUUUCAGAUGUUUCAAAUGAACUAGAGCCCUGCUUAUCUAUAAUGUUGUCUGAAUACGACCCAUUUAGAUGUUUAAGUGUCAUUGUUCCUUUGCUGGUUACUGAAGAUGGCAGAACUCUUAUCAUUUGUAUUAACUGUUUGACAAAGAUUGUCAGUAGGCUCUCCCAAGAGGAACUGGUGGCUCAACUACCUUCAUUUCUGCCUGCUCUUUUUGAUGCUUUCGGUAACCAGAGUGCAGAUGUUCGCAAGACUGUUGUUUUCUGUCUAGUUGACACCUAUAUCAAGCUUGGGAAAGCAUUUUUGCCAUAUUUGGAAGGGCUAAAUGCUACUCAACUACGGUUGGUGACCAUAUAUGCAAAUAGGAUAUCACAGGCGAGGAACAGUACCCCUAUCGAUGCUACCCUGUGAUCAGCAUUCAUAUCUAUUGUUUGGUGCAGCGGAAAUGAUAUUUUUUUGGUCAUUAUUUCUUUGUAUAUUGUGUGAAAUAUGCAAGUGAAGGGUGUGUUUAUUUUGCGUUUUGCAUACGUAGUUUAUAUGUCGAUUUCUGUGGCUUGGAGAACAAAGGAGAAAAGUGGUGUGUGAAAACUAACAUGGUAUGUAUACUUUUGUGCUAUAAUGAAAUCAUCUGCUCCCCUCAUUCUCCCA